UGGCGCGACGCAGGCGCGCGACUUGAGCUCUCGCGGGACGCGGCCUAGGCGCUUGGGAAGGGUGGAGGCGGGUCGCUGGGCGUGGCGGCGAGCGGGCGGCAUGGAGAAGGGAGGUCACGGCGGGAAGUCGGCGGCCGUCCCGGCCCCUCACUUGCAGCCGCCGCAGCCUCGGAAGGAGAGGAGGCCCAGCAUGUUCGAGAAGGAGGCAUAUGCGCAAAUUUUGAGAGAAAGACUGAGAGAAUCAUUUCAUGAUGUUCAGUAUGUAGAGCCUCCAUUUGAUGAUUCAAUUGCUGAUUUAGGUAAAGAAUGGAAGAGUGCCCUGGCAAAAUUAAAGUUUGCUAAUUCAUAUAGAAUGGAGCCAUUGAAAAAAUUCCAAGCUCAUUCCGUGGAAGCUAAAGUCCAGCAGAUAUUAAAGGAAAGUCUUAAAGAUGUCAAAUAUGAUGAUAAAGUCUUCUCUCAUUUGUCACUUGAAUUAGCAGACCGCAUAUUGUCAGCGGUGAAAGAAUUUGGGUACCACCGUUACAAGUUCAUUAUAAAAGUAUUAUUUAUUCAAAAGACCGGUCAGGCAAUAAAUGUUGCCAGCAGAUGGAUCUGGGAUGUGGCAUGGGACAGCUGGGUUGCUGCGAAACACGAAACGGAAACGUACGUGGCCUUGGCCCUGGUGUUUGCUCUUUAUUGUGAGUAGGGAGUGUUUACUCCUCAACUUUGCAGAGACACAGGACAUCUGUAGAUCUGUGAACCUCACAGUAGGCGUUGAUUCCCUGCACUUUGGCCUCCAGGUGAAGCCUCAUUGUAUCAUUUUAACAGCAAACAAGUAAAAGCUGGAUUGUUUUUACCUUUA